AUGAACCGACCAAUCCAAAACCAAGGUGAGUCCCAGCGGCUUUUGUCGACUGGGAAAAGCGUGCCACCAAAGAUUCACAAAUACACAGUGAUCACCUGUUUUGCAGUAGUAGUGAAUUACAUUGUUGGGACAGGCGUCUUUGGGUUGCCAUCAGCGUUUUAUACUGCUGGAGUACCCCUUUCCGUAUUAACAAUAAUAGUCUUCUCCAUUCUGUCGUGUGUGACUGCCUUAUACAUUUGUGAAUCACUUGCACGUGCACAUGGCUUAACAAUGGCGAAAGAAACGGGCGAUAUUAAGAUGGAAAUAGGAUAUGAGGUGUAUGACUACUCGACUAUGGGAGAGAUGUUUGGGAAGAAACCACUGCGAUGGGCGACUACUAUCACUUUGAUGUGUAGUGCAUAUGGUUCGUUGUGGGCGUAUGUUGCGACGUGUGUAUCUACCCUCUCGACCCUCUUUUGGUUGUUUUAUUCGAAUGAGCCGAUGAAGUGUGAUUUGUCGAAUCGAUGGCACUUUGAUUGGAAGUGUAAUGUGACCUAUUUUACAUCAAUUGGAGUCUAUGGUCUUGUGGUCAUUCCACUUACUUUCAUUGAUCUUUCAGAACAAAGCAUUCUUCAACUUGUUCUGACGUUCUACAGAUUUUUGUCGUUUUUGGUGAUGUUCAUUACAUGUACAGUGCAAAUAGCGUAUUCAGGGCCUGUCGAGUUAACUGUUGGGACGUUUGAGGAUGUGUCGUUUUUGAAGAAAUUCAAGUGGAUUGGAUUUGGAUCGAUGUUCACACAUAUGGCGUUUGCACUUGCAUGCCAACAAAACUUGCCAGACGCUUUGGCUCCACUUUCGAAAAAGAGACUUGCACAUGUUGUGACGUUGGGUGCCAUUGCACUUUGUUCUGUGAUAUAUGUUGCUAUUGCGUUGGUGUGUUCGUGGUGUUUUACAGUAUCUACACCAUCACCAGUGACUCUCGCAUGGGCUGAUUAUAAUGGGCAUGAAGGUGGAUGGGGUGUUGGGAAGACUACAUGGUGGGCGUUUAUUAUCAAGUACCUCAUUCUGUUGUUCCCAAUAGUUAAUUUGACAAACGAGUUUCCACUUGUUGCGACAACGUUAUCAACAAACAUGCGAACACUUUUUGCGGACAAAAACAGUAAGAAAACAAAAUACAUUGUCAAGGCAUUGGCGGCUUUCCCACCAUUUAUACUCACGGCACUUGUAGGAAGUCUGAGAGUCAUAUUUGAUGUUACUGGAUGCUUCUCGUUUGUGUUGUGCUUCACUCUUCCAUGCAUAUUCCAGUAUCUAUCAAGAAGAAAGGCUAUCAAAAUGUACAAGAAAAAGGGAACACCAUAUUCUGGAGUAUGGUCAAAUGUAUUUGCUGUUGUUAUGGUUGCGUGCUUGUCACUUCUUCUCUUUGUCACAGCUGUGGUCUUCAUUAUAAAGGAGCUUGUUACUAAUUUUACUCUUGCAUGA